AGUGCCUUUGAAUAAGCAAGGCCUGAAGGGGAACCCUUUACCACUUGGCUUCAACUACAUCGAAAUCAGAUGCAGAAAUGAAGCAGUCUUCCAGUAUCAUGUAACAUUCAGCCCAGCUGUUGAAUCUAGAUCCAUGCGGUUUGGGAUGCUGAAAGAACAUAGUUCUGUCAUUGGAAGUGUCAUAGCUUUUGAUGGGUCUAUUCUAUAUCUUCCUGUUCAGCUGAAAGAGGAGGUUGACUUAAAAUGCACAAGAAAAACUGACAAUGCGGAAAUCAGUCUGAAGAUGAAGAUGACAAGCAUCCUUCCACCCAACUCAAAUCUUUGCAUUCCAUUCUACAAUGUUGUGUUGAGGAGAGUAAUGAAGAUACUGGAUUUCAAACAAAUUGGAAGGAACCAUUAUGACCCAAAACGUGCUGUGAUUCUAGGAAAGCAUAGGUUUGUUUUCACAAUUACUACUUGAAUUGAAGUGAUUAUUUAAUCGGAGGAGGAAGGGGAAGCAUAUUGCUAAAAGUAAACCAAGGGACAAUAUUUACUUUUAUA